AGUCAAUCAUUAGACAUGUUAGUAACGGCACUAGUUGUUCUUGUGUCCGCCUUGGGACUCCUAUAUCUAUAUUUGAAGAAGAAAAAUGAAUACUGGAAGUCAAGAGGGCUCAUUACUCCCAAACCGUUGCCGCUUCUCGGUAACUACGGAGACUUCAUCCUACUGAAGAAAAACCUUCCUGACACUGUCAAUAAAAUUUGCAAACAGUUCCCUAAGGAGCCUAUAGUCGGUGCGUACUACGGUACGGAGCCGGUCAUCAUCGUCAAGGAUCCCGAGCUCUUGAAGCUCGUCAUCACUAAGGACUUCUACUACUUCAGCAGCCGGGAUCUUUCGGCACAUACAGGAAGGGAACUGAUGACCAAAAAUGUGUUCCAAGAACAUGGGGAUACCUGGCGUGUCAUACGGCAAAAUCUCACCCCGGUUUUCACUUCAGCUAAGAUGAAGAAGAUGUUCUACUUAAUUCAAGAACGCACGCAGGACUUUGAGAAAUUCUUGGCUAGAGAAAUCACUACUAAACAAACACACGAAGUCAGGAGCUUCAUGGGGAAAUAUACCAUGGAUUGCAUUGGAUCAUGUAUCUUUGGUCUUGAAACUAAGGUCAUGCAAGAAAAGAGCGACAAUCCUUUCGUGGUUAUCAGUGAGAAAAUUUUCGAUUUCCGCACCCACAAGGUUUUUAAGAACAUCAUGAGAACUAUCUGGCCAAACAUUUUCUAUGGAUUAGGAAUGAGUGCCUUCAAUCAAGAUAUUGGCGACUUCUUCAACAAGCUAAUCGGAGGGGUUUUCUCUGAUCGUAACUAUACUCCAAGUUCACGGCACGACUUCAUCGAUUUCAUCCUUGGAUUCAAGAAAAAUAAGUACAUUACAGGAGAUGAUAUAAAGAGUCUGAAGAAUGGAAGCGAUGCAAGAGAGAAAGUGAAGUUAGAAGUGGAUGAUGAGUUGUUAGUGGCCCGAACGAUAACGAUGAUAUUCUUUGCAGCUGGAUUCGAGACAUCAGCAGCGACUAUGAGCUUUGCCUUGUUUGAGAUGUCCAAAAACCCUGGAGUUCUGAAGCGUGUAUUAGAUGAAGUGGACGAGUAUUUGGUGAAGACAGAAGGAAAGGUCACGUAUGAAUGUGUCUCCGAUUUACCUUAUUUGGAAGCUUGCUUGGACGAAGCUCUUCGCAUAUACCCGGUACUAGGAGUCCUGACUCGCGAGGUGGUGGAGGACUAUCACAUGCCAUCAGGUCUGCUGCUGGAAAAGGCCACACGCGUACACAUACCGGUGCAGUACCUGCACAUGCACCCGGACUACUUCCCGGAUCCUGAGGAGUUCCAACCCGAGAGGUUUUUGGGAGUCAACAAGGAUGACAUCAAGCCUUACACAUACUACCCGUUCGGAGAUGGACCUAGGAUUUGCAUAGGCAUGCGUUUCGCGAAGAUGCAGAUGAUGGCUGGCCUGGUCACGUUGCUCCGACACUACACCGUGGAACUGCCCCCUCACGUGCCCAGGAAGGUCGAGUUCGAUCCUUUGGCCUUCACGCUGCAGUCCAAACAUAAGAUCGAGCUGAACUUCUUGGCAAGAAGCAAGUUUUCUAGUCAAUAGUCAUUAAUCAACUCCUAUAAAUUGGAUGCAUUUGUUUGAAAUAUCCGUUGCAAGCUUAAUUCUCUAUACAAACAUAGUUACGCUCUCAUUUUUAAACGACCAGCUAGUUUGCUCUGAAAUUGUCUACUUACUAUCUAUGCCUGUAAUUAGUUUGUGUAACUUCCGUUACCAUAGUUUUUUUAUACUUAUUUAUUUUCUUUUGCACAUUUUGCAAAAAAGGAAAACUUAUAAACCUAGUUUUUCAUCGUGUCUAUAACAUAGGUACUAAAUAAAAAAUCAUAGAGAAUGGAAAAUGUUUAGAAGUAGAAAAACGUUCGCUAUAUUUCCCUUUUAAAAUAGUAUAAGCUGCUAUAAACAUUAUCUAGUCCAUUUAAUGUAUGUAAGUAGAUAUAAUAAAAUCUUGUUAUCGUAAUAUGUAUUAUAAUGCUAUAUGAGUCUAAAGUAAAUAAUUAGAUAAUGUAAUAGACUAUGACCAGGAUAAUUGUAUAUAAAAUGACUCAUAUCAUAUACAGGGUAUUUAGGGGCCUGCAAUAAUUUACGGGGUGGAUAUAUGGGUCAUACUGAGCAACUUUUACUAUCGGACCAAACCCGAAAUCGCGUAAAAAAAUUGUCUGUUUCAUACUUGACUGUGUGACAGUCUGACCCUGACAUUUUCUAUGGAAGAGUAAUUUUUUUUUCGUAAUGUCGGGGUUGGUCCUAUGGAGUGUGGAAUUAAGAGGAGUGACAUCUCUUAUGGUAGAACUGUUGCAAAAAUGUCCAGCUGUCAGCUAUAAAUAAUAGUUCCAAAUCUCUCCAGAGUAGCUAAGAACCUAGGCGCUAUUGACGGAGUGAAGUGCGCUAUCUAUGAUUUGAUUUUUUUGUUCAAGUAUUCUAGGUAUUGUAGCGCCUCUUAUUUAAGGUUUUUUGAUGACACUCUUUGGUACAUGGACAUUUAUUUCCUUACCUCCACCUUCCGUAGUUGGUCCCAUAGUAAAAGAUGCUCAAUAUGACCUAUAUAUUCAGCCCGUAAAUAACUGCAGGUAACGAAAUAAACAUGCUGUAUAAAUAAACUUAGCAUAAUAUUAUUCGUAUUUAGAGUAUUUAUGUGUAAGUCUAGGAACAGUCAGCCAGUUUAAAUUUAAGUCUGACCUCGUAACUUGUGAAAUUAAAUAUUGUGAAAAGUAAACCCUGUACGGUUACCAUCAGCUUGGCUCUGACAUAUUCGCUAACGUGUGCGUAACUUACUUUCUGUGCAUCUCGCUCGUACUCGCAUAUUAGUGCGAGCGAGACCUACAGAAAAUAAGUUACGCAGACGUUAACGAAUAUGUUUGUCACUUUUUUACAUUGCAGUACAAUGUAAAAAACUGUAGCUGUACCACGAGUUGACACUAGACGUUUAUGUUAGUGACUGCGUAAACUCGAUCGCAGUCUAUUUAGCGAAAUUUUUUUUUUUGUGCGAGCGCGCACUGAUGUAUGGGUGCGAUAAAGAGGGAAUGCGCUCGAGUUCACGCCGUGCUGGUGUAGAAGGUAAUGUUUUUUAUUCGUUUAUAUUAUGCAUUAUUGUAAAAUUAAAGUAUAAGUUAAAAAUACAGACUGUGAUGAAGGUUUUUAAGGAAUUACUUUUAAUAAAAUAUUAUUUAAUGAAAAAAAAAA